UGCAGCUGUCGGGUUCUAUCUGACAGAAGGAAAUGGUGAGAAAACAUGAGUAAAUCAGCUGUUAUAACUGGCAAAUAUCCAAGUGAACGGUGACGCUUAACUCUGGCACACAGAUUUGAUGAAUUUAGUUCAGCCUUCCCCCACCUUAUUGUUUACUGGCUGGAGGUGCAUGACUUUGAUUCUGUGCGUGAAUCCAGUGAAUUCAAUCCCUCUACAGGUGAGGCUCUUUAUAGAUGGAGGCGCCUGUGUGUGAGGAGGUCCGCGGAGACCAUGGGGGGGAGGAGGAGGUGGAGGCUGGCGCUGAUGAAGCCAUGCUGUGGUCCAUCCAGGAGGCUCUGGAAAUGCAGACCCUGCAGAUCGGAGCGUCCGCCUGCGGGGCGACAGCUGUGGUGGACGUGCUGAAGGCCCUCGGCGUAGACGUGACCCCGGAGGAAGCUGACCGCUGCGUCCAAACGCACCUGAGGAGGAACGAGUCCCCGCUGCCUGACUACCUGCUGUCCCGGAGCGAAGCCGGUGCGACUCACGCCCAGCUCAUCCAAGGAGCGCACGAGGCCAGCGAAGGGAAAGUGAUUGGCCAAUUCUUCCACCUUUACCCUCGCAGGCGAGUCAGACUGGUCCCCUGGCUCGCACGCUGGAUCCGAAAGGGCGCCGUUCCUGUGGCGACCAUGAACAUGCAGCUGGCUGUACCUGAGGGCGAGGAGGUGCCCGACGCCUGGCACCAUCAGCUCAUAUUCGGAGUCGCAUCUAAUGCUGUUUUUAUGACCAACCCUUUAGACGUAGUAAGCGAGGGAGAGGUGCACCGGCGCCUCUGCAGUGAAUCUGUGUUGCUGAUUCGUCGAGAAGACGUGCUGCAGCGAGUGACCCCCGACUGCUCCCUGUCCGGCCUCUCGGAGGGCCAGUCUGACCCGCGUUGGAAGACCCUGGAUGUUGAGGGUCAAGUGAGGCGGAUGGCCCUGGAGGUGGUGGAAGAAGAAGAAGAAAAAGAACACGAUCAACCCAAGAUGACUCAUGUCAGGAUCCCUGCAGCGUACAGCUCAGGCAUCACACUCUUCGCCAUAAGAGAGUCCGAAUUAGGACAAGAACUCCUUCAUGCUCCUGAACUCCCUCUGUGGUGACCGCACUGCCACAUGUGCACUUUAAAGCUUGAAGAGAUAUUUAUACAGUCAAUGAUAUGACUUAGUAUUGAUCCUAUUGUUUAGGAUCAGCAGAUCCCACUGACCUCAGACUUUCUGUUCUCUUUUUUUCUAUCAAUACUGAUUAGAAAUCAGAUUUUAAUAAGGGUUAUGCUUUUUAAAAAAUCACAACCCUUAUUUGGCAACUUUAGGCGUCUCCAGGUUAACUUUAGGACUGACUUUCAGAAUGUAUUGAUCUCUUGUAAAAAGCAAUAAAUGGCACAGCUCCGGCUUGUAUUUCAGAGCUGUUGUGUGCUUACGUGCAGAAGCUUCUAUCAGCAGAUUAAUCUGCUGUGAUUGCUUCAAAGGCCACAUUAAAAGAGAUGGAGUCAAGGCGCUGCAAUAUCAGCCCAGUUAAGGAGUAAAAAGAGCUGUCACUUAAAAGGGUCAGCUCACUAUAUCAUACUUGCAUGAAAAGUGUGUAUUUCUGUCUAACAUAUGUUGUGUGUUUGUUAGCCUGACAGCUGUGAUGUUUGCUGAAGAUUUUUUUUAAUGAUUCAAUGAUUCAAAUAAAAAAGAAACAUUUGUGUAUAAUAAAAAAAGGUAUUUUUGAAUAAGUCUGCAUUAAUUUAACAUUGUAGCAUUGUAUGAUGGUUUGAAUGUACAGUUAUGGUCAGAAGUUUCCAUCCACUCAUCGUGGGCAUGGAUGUCGUGGUAAUUUGGGGUUUUUAAUGAUUUCUUUGAGCUGUUCUUUCUCCAGGGUGGAGUGAUUCAUUGUACAGCAUACAUCUUUAAUGACUUUACAAAAUAAGUUUGAAUUUUCUCAUUCCAAAAUCAGUUUUGAUAUGUGUGUUUGGGAUCUUUGUCCUGUUGGAACGACAAAUUAUGUUUCAACCAUCUAGCUGUUGAUUUGAGGUGAGGUUGAAGAAUGUGGAGGUAGUCGUCCUCCUCCAUUAUUCCAUCCACUUUGUGCAAUGUUCCAGUACCACUGGCAGCAAAACAGCCUCAGAGCAUGAUGCCACCGUCACCAUGUUUGGCAGCUGGUACAGUGUUCUUAGGUUUGAAAGCCUCACCUUGACUCCUCCAAACGUACCCCUUGUCAUUGUGGCCAAACAGCUCAAUCUUUGUCUCGUCUGACCGUAAAACUUUUCUCCAGAAGCCAUUUGGCUCGUCCAUGUGGGCAGCUGCAAAUUUCAGUCAAGCCUGAACGCAUCGAUUUUUGGAGCAGGGGCUUCUUUUUUGGUCGGCAGCCUCUCAUUCCAUGGUGAUGUUAACUUGGCUUCACUGUGGACAGUGAUGCUGGUGUUCCACCAGUUUCCAGUUCAUGGCAGGCUUGGGCCUUGGUGGUUCCUGGGUUGUUCCUGAACAUCCUAAUGAUCCAGAUGUGUGGUGACACCCCCAGAUAACUUGUAGAGACCUUCCCAACUUGUGUACAUCUACAAUUCUCCUUCCUGGUUCUUCACUUGGACUUUCCUGUUGCUCUGAGUAUUGGGCAGUCCAAUGAGUGCUGUCAAACAAAUCCUUUUUAUGCUGGCAAAGAGAAACUACCAGCUGUAGUCCAUCAUGAUCACUAAUGAAAAGUUAAUAGGCCUUGUUGUAGAACCUUCAGCACCACUUAUGAAAAGAUUUAAAUGAGUAUAUGUUUGUAUU